AUGGCGGGCGGUAAACAGAAGGGGAAGAUCGCGCCGUACCUCGUCUACGCGAACGAGGUGCGAGAGGACGUGAAGCGCGCGCUCGUCGACGCGGGGGCUGUCAAGCCGACGAUGGGAGAGAUCGCGAAGGCGGUGGGCGUGCGUUGGAAGACGCUGAGCGACGCGCAGAAGGCGACGUACAAGGAGAAAGCGGACGCGAUCAACGCGGAGACGGCGGCGACGCGCGCGGCGGACGCGGAGGGCGGGGAGGCUGGCGAGGACGGCGACGACGAGGACGGCGAGGAAGAGAUCGUCACCCUGCCGCUCGCGAGGGUGAAGCGCAUCAUGAAGUGCGACAAAGAGGUCAAGACCGCGGCCGUGGACGCCGCGAAAGUCGUCUCCAAGGCCACGGAGCUCUUCUUGGAGUCGCUCACGGAGGGCGCGUUCCUCGGGAUGAAAGCGGGGAAGCGGAAGACGGUCAAGUACGACGACCUGGAGGGGUUCGUGAUGCGGAAGCCGCGGCUGGAGUUUUUACACGACCACGACAAGGAGAACAAGGAGGACGGGGACGAGGACGGCGGGCCGCCGGAGGCGCCCUCGGGGGCGAGGCAGGUGACGGAGUUUUUCACGAAGAAGGCGGCGACGCCGGCCGCCGCCACCGACGCCGCCGCCGCCGACGGCGACGACGGCGACGACGCGUGA